AUGGCACCCGUCGACAUCGGCGUUUUCAUCCCGAUCGGCAACAACGGGUGGCUGAUCUCGACGACGUCGCCACAGUACAUGCCGUCGUACGACCUGAACAAGCAGAUCGUGCAGAAGGCCGAGGGCUACGGCUUCGACUUCGCGCUGUCGAUGAUCAAGCUGCGCGGCUUCGGCGGCAAGUCGGAGUUCUGGGACCACAACCUCGAGUCCUUCACGCUGAUGUCGGCGCUCGCGGCCGUCACGUCCCGGAUCAGGCUCUUUGCCAGCACGGCGAUCCUCACGCUGCCGCCGGCGCUGGUCGCGCGCAUGGCCACGACCAUCGACAGCGUGGCGCCGGGCCGCUUCGGCAUCAAUAUCGUCACGGGUUGGCAGUCAGCCGAGUACGCGCAGAUGGGGCUGUGGCCGGGCGACAAGUACUUCGGGUACCGGUACGACUACGCGACCGAGUACGUGCAGGUCAUGAAGGACCUUUGGAAGGACGGCGUGUCGAAUUUCAAGGGCGAACACUUCCAGAUGGACGACUGCAAGCUGUCGCCGCGGCCGGGCGGUAAGGUGCAGAUCGUGGCGGCGGGGCAGUCCGGGCGCGGCGUUGAGUUUGCGUCGGGCUACGCCGACUAUAACUUCGCCAUGGGUUCUGGUAUCAACACGUCGACGGCGUUCGGGCAGGCGACGGCGCGGCUGGUGGCAGCGGCGCAGAAGGCCGGCCGCGACGUCGGGUCCUACGUGCUGUUCAUGGUCAUCGCCGAGGCCACGGACGAGGCGGCCCAGGCGAAGUGGAAGCUGUACAACGACGGAGUCGACGAGGACGCGCUGUCGUGGAUGAAGAGCCAGUCGAGCAAGGACACGAACACCGAUGCCAAUUCCACAGCCAAAAACAUCGACCUGCCGGAGGGCGCGGUGAACCUCAAUAUGGGCACGCUUGUCGGCUCUUUCGAGACGGUUGCGCGUAUGCUAGACGAGGUUGCCAACGUGCCGGGUACGAAGGGCAUCAUGCUCACGUUUGAUGAUUUCUUGGAGGGGCUCGACAAGUUUGGUAAACACGUUCAGCCACUCAUGAAGAGCAGGGAAGGGAAGGCAUAG